AUGAAAGAUAUCGUCACCCUGCCAGCCGACAAGGGACGCUCAACAGUGAUCAUGGGUAAGACUGAGUACACGGUGAAUAUACAAGGGCUGCUAGGAGACGAAGGUAAUUACCAGCUUUCGGGAGCUGGAGGAUUCAAGAACCACAUGAACAGCGUCAACAGGGCGAUUGACAAAUUGAAGCCUGGGGCCCUCAAAAGAAGAGAGGCACUGACCAAAAAAGCCACAGACGCUGGGACGGCUCGUUUCUACGGUCUGCCAAAAGUGCGUAAGCCAGGAGUGCCCCUUCGUCCCAUCGUCUCCAUGUGUGGCAUUCCAACGUUUGGACUGUCAAAAUGGCUCUAUCAACGGUUCCGUUUCCUCUUCAAAGACUCCGAAUCUACAGUUAGGUUGGCCGAACAGUUUCUGACGAACAUAAGGCAUCCAGAAAUAGAUUCAGACAAGAUAAUGGUAUCGUUUGACAUGGUGUCCUUAUUCACCUCUAUUCCAACUGCCCUCGCGGUAAACACAAUUAAUUAA